AUGAUUUCACAGUUCCGCCUCGGCUUGAAGGAGUCUGUUCAAGAAGCCAUGGCAAACUACCCCAAGCCACCUACCUUUGCCGAGUUUUCACAAUUGGCUAUCGACAUCGACAACCGACAGUACGGCUAUGCAGUGACCCGUUCCGGCAACAAAUCUUCCAGCACUCCGUCCCGCUCCACCACUGCCUCAAAGAGCAAUGGCAAACGACCUCGAACCACCACCAUCAUGGCACCAACAGCAGCAGCCAUCGCCAUCGGCACUAUUGUAACGCCUAACGACCCCAUCACGGAAGGAGCUACAUCUUCCACCGCUGAAGUCAUGGAACCGACAACGUCGAUCAACUCUUCCGCUGGCGGCACUGAGCCAGAUGCAUUACUUGCACCGGUCGGAACAACAUGGCAGGACAAGAACGCCGAGGAUAACGAUUCCGAUGUAGGAGACCAAGAAAUGGAAGUCGACUCGGAUACUGGUGUCACCGAUCUAUAUCCCGACACACCACCAUCCAACUUCCGCGAAGUCGCAACCAACACGCUAGCCAGUCUCAAAGCGGAGAACAUCGCUCUAUCCGAACAGAUUGUGUACAUGUCGACCCUUCUGGCAGGACGACCACCUCAGCACCUGCUCCAACACUAUCAGCAACAAAUUGCUAUCAACAAAGACAAGGAGAAAGACAAUGCACAAUUGAUCAAGCAACUGGAGUCAUCGCUGUAUGAGCUCAGGAUAAAGAAGCACCCAGGGUCCACCAUCUCAGCACACUCCACCAUAUUAACGCCAACAGCAGCGACCGCAACAAUUGCCAACAACACCCCAACGGCGGUAGUCGCAACAUCAAUGACCCAACAAGCGGCCAUCAAACCAACACCCGACAUGCCCAGAUUCUCGUUGAAUCCAGCCACAGCCUAUGAAACCAAUGAGACCAGAGUCUUUCUCGAGCGCUUCGCAACCCAUCUCAAAACACGUCUCGGCAUGGAUACCUUCGAAAACGAGUGUCAUCGGUAUCUCAUCGUCCUCACUAACGACGACCAUUAUCAACAAGAGCUACAACGUCGAUUCGCCGCCAUCGAAGGAAACAUCGGUUGGGACAUGGCGGAGAAGGUAUUCCUCAGCAUCUGCCUCACCAAAGAGGAACGUUUGGAGAACAUGCGGAACAUGGCAGACAUGGGACGCAAUAUGGGCGAGACGUAUAACCGUUAUUCCGCUCGUAUCCUUCGGCAUGCACGAGUGAAUGGAAUCCAAGACGAUAACGACAUCAUCCUUCAUCAACUCGGGAGGUCGAUCCCGGGGAUGGAGUACGAUUUCCUGCUCUUUAAGCAUCAGAUAAAGAACCCAGACGCCACAGCCUUUAAAUCGAUCAAUACCCUAUGUGCACUGAUGAGCACAUUAACGGGACCUGAGGAUGCAAUCGAUCAACCUCGGGCAGUGGGACGAUCUCAGGAUCAAUUGCAACAGCAGCAGCAGUCUUUUGGGCCACGGCACAACACCUUCACAAAUGGAGUUCGAGGAUCACGCGGAGCAUCUCGCGGAGCACUCAGAGGAACUUUCCGAGGCCGAGGACAAGGGAGAAUGAACCCCAUGGGACGCAGCAACAGUCAGCCCCCUUUUGGGCAAGCACCCGGGCAACCUCCUCGAGCAGGCAUGAAGUUCUGCCAAGGCUGCAGCUGGAAUAACUCGCACGAAACCAAGGACUGCCGAUUCUGCACAUUCUGCAGCAACAGGGGUCACACCUAUGCAGACUGCCGCACAAGAAUGCGUCAAGAACAACAGCAGAACGGUACUCAAGGUAAGCAAUCUACCAUCACCAUAAAUGCAAUGAAACUAAAUAAUUAUGCUGAAUUAACAUUUAAUCAAAGCAAUAAUAACACUGACAUACCCUUCUCUCUGCAAAUAACCCGCAGGCAACCAGCAAUCCUAAUGAUCACGCAGACAAGACGGACAUUAUGA